AUGGCGGCGGAGGAGGAAUCGAACGAGAGCCUUCACCUCGAUGACGAGGCGACCUCGGUCGACCUGGACGGGGUCACGCUUCACUUCCCCGGGAUGUUUCAGACCUUCGACUUCGGGAUGGCCGUGAUCCUCGCUCUCUUCAUCGUCCUGACGGUCGUCGGGAACGUGCUCGUGCUGGUCGUGAUCAAGGUCACGCCGUCCAUGAGGAGCCCCAUGCAUCUCCUCACGGGGAACUUGGCAGUGAGCUACACCGUUACGGGACUCCUGGUUCUGCCGUUCUCGGCCCUCCUCCAGUUCGGCGGGGAGUGGAAGUUCGGCCAUACGCUAUGCCGGGUCUGGGCAUUUCUCGACAAACUGUGCUGCGGGGCGACGGUAUUGUCCCUGUGCGUGAUCGCAGUGGACCGAUACGUCGGAGUGAGUCGGCCUUUGGCGCACGACCGAAUCAUGAGUCGUUUCCGGACGCAAUCGGCCAUCGCCCUCACUUGGGUCAUCAGCUUGGCGAUGAGCCUGGGUCUACUCGUCGACUCGGAGAGGAAGCCGGUCGAGAUGAACUGUUGCUCCGUGAGGGUCGACGCCACGUACUUCAUCUUCAGAGCCAUCGUGAAUAUCCUCAUUCCUUCCGUCGUCCUCCUCGUCUUGUAUUGGAAAGUGUAUCGGAAGGCCGUCUCGGUUCUGAGGAGUCGUCGAGACGAAUCGGAUUGCGAUUCCCUGAGGAUCCGUCGGUGCGAGACGAGCACGACUUCGAUGAAGCCUUCCCCGUCCGUCGAUCGAGUCCGUGAGCAGAGCUUCGACUCCGGUUUCGGUCACACCGACCAUUCCUUCACCGUCGACGAGGCCCAUAGGAGUUUCCGUCGGGUCGCGUCGAAGGCGAGAGCCUGCGAUCACAGGCAUCUACGUUCCACCGUGUCGUUCGACGACACUCACAGCGUUUCGACGGGCGAUGCCAUGCAGCGGCCUCGACGCGUCUCGUUCCUCCCUUGGAAGAUGAGCUUCGACGAGGUGCUCACGAGGCCGUGGAUCUCCAUCCUGAACGUCAGCUUCAGGAGGUCCAAGGACCACCAGGAGAGAAAAGCGCGGAUGCAGGCGAAGGCAGCCAAGACGACGGCCGUCAUGGUGGUCGUCUUCAUCGUCUGCUGGUUCCCGCGCUUCGUCGUCCAGUCGCUCGCGUUGCUGUGCCCCCGGUGCGGAAUCCCGGACCCGCUGCUGGCAGCGUGCUUCUGGCUGUGCUACUCCAACUCCUUGCUUAACCCGUUCGUCUACGCGGUGGCGUCCAGGGAGUUCUGGAGGGAGCUGCGGAGGCUGCUCUGCCGGCGCUGA